GUGAUUUGCAUGAAGGAUCCUGCUCCUCCUCCCUUCCAUGGGCUGCUUUCACAAGGCUGCUGAGGUCCCUUUAAGAGUCAGACACACGCUAGAGAUAGGCAAACUUGUAUCUCAUGUCAGUUACAUGCAAUCCCUGCUUCCCUUCUCGGGGAUCCUCCUGUUGCUAGCGCUGUUCCUUUAAGAGUUGGCCUACGUGGCAGACGCAGGAGACAGCAGUGGCUUUAGCAGCAGUAGAGAGGCACUUCCUGUGGAGGAGCUUGCAGCAGCAGCAGCGGAGGAGGAGGAGGAGGAGGCAGGGGUGUGCGAGCCCGGGCAGCAGGCAGACACCCAGCCUGGAGGAAUUCCCCACUGCAGCACCCACCCAGCAGCUGAGACCAUGGGCCAGAAUGACCUAAUGAGCACGGCUGAGGACUUUGCAGACCAGUUCCUGUUCCCUAAUGGUGCAAGAAACACUGGUGCAAGGGGACCAACACAAGACACACAUACACUGUUCUCAUUGUAUAUUUCCUCUUUGUGGCAUUCCUGAUACCCUUUGAAGAACACUUCUAUACAGUUCCUGAGAGUGACGAAGCAGUACCUUCCCCACGUGGCCCGCCUGUGCCUGAUCAGCACCUUCCUGGAGGAUGGCAUCCGCAUGUGGUUCCAGUGGAGCGAGCAGAGGGAUUACAUUGAUGCCACGUGGAACUGUGGCUAUUUCCUGGCCUCCAUCUUUGUGUUCCUAAAUCUCUUCGGACAGCUGAGCGGCUGUAUCCUGGUACUGAGUAGGAACUUUGUGCAGUAUGCCUGCUUCGGCUUGUUCGGAAUUAUAGCAUUACAGACCAUUGCUUACAGCAUUCUGUGGGAUCUGAAGUUCUUGAUGAGGAACCUGGCCCUUGGGGGAGGCUUGCUGCUGCUUUUGGCUGAGUCACGGUCAGAAGGGAAAAGCAUGUUUGCCGGUGUCCCAACCAUGCGGGAAAGCUCCCCCAAACAGUACAUGCAGCUGGGUGGACGUGUGCUGCUGGUCCUCAUGUUCAUGACACUGCUACAUUUUGAUGUUAGCUUCUUUUCUAUUCUCCAGAACAUCGUGGGCACAGCCCUGAUUAUCUUAGUGGCAAUUGGCUUUAAGACCAAGCUGGCUGCCUUGACUCUGGUCAUCUGGCUGUUUGCCAUCAACAUCUACUUUAACGCCUUCUGGACCAUCCCAGCCUACAAGCCCAUGCAUGACUUCCUCAAGUACGACUUCUUCCAGACCAUGUCUGUCAUUGGAGGGCUUCUCCUGGUGGUGGCACUGGGUCCUGGCGGCGUCUCCAUGGACGAGAAGAAAAAAGAGUGGUAACAGGAGCAAUGUAGCUUCUCAGGACACAACAGUUUAGGUCCAGGACCGUUUCUCUACGGAUUCAACAAAAACUGCCAGCAUUUUACAUGUACCUGCCCCUCCCAUACCUUCCCCUGUUAAAGGCACAGAUGUCUUGAGAAUUUAAUUUACAGUGGCACCAGUAAUUUGAUAAUAGAUGAUAAAUCCUACUUCAAGGAACAUUGCUUAGGUUUAUUUUUUUUGUUGUUUUUAACUUCCUAGAAUUGGAACUAACCCAAGGAAUCCAUUUCAUUGAGUACUUCAGUAAUGGCUUUUAAAUUUAAAGUACAGUGAGCAGAUACACAGCAGAAUCAUUCAGUGUGCUGUUUGGUUAUUUUUUCUGCUUAACUCUUACAAGUGAAUUCCCCAUUCCCUUCAGAGAACUAAAAAUCCUCUGUGUAUAUAAAACCCAGCUGCUGGUUGGAGUAUUGUUUGUACAAUUGGAGAGUUACGCUAAGUAAAGACAUUGGUUUUAAAAAAAUUAGUGUUAUGUAUCCAGGUCUGAGCAAAGCGAAGGUCCUUUCCACACCCCAAGACAGAGAGGGAGGGGCAAAGAGAAUGGCAGAAGCAGCUGCAUCCUUCUCUAGGUGAGGAAAGAAGGUUUUAUUUUCUGUAAUGAAAAUGGAAUGUCUCAUUUCUGUUCCUGAGCGGAACGGGGGGGGGGGGGGGGGGUGUGUGAGAGAGAUUGGUGGAAAGAUUUCAGUAAGAUGUUGGCGUGGGUUAGUGGGAAGGGUCUCAAGACAGACUUCAUUUUAAAAUGUAGUGUGCCAAAAUCAAUCCUCUUCAGCAUUUUCCACCCACCAACAAAGGGGAGCAAGCCAGAUGGUGAUUCCCAGAGACAGCUUCUUUCAGCAACCAAUCAGCAUUUAUCUAAAUGUGGCUCCAGGUUCUUUCAAUCUGAGCUGUAACUGGUGGAACCAAUAUUUGUGGAGUUGUGAAAGACCCUGUUCCUGGCACUGAAAGGCAGAAGCUCAAAUGCUGAGCAUUUCAUAAUGCAUGCAGGGUUCACAUCACCUCACCAGUGGGUUCAGAGCAGCGUCUGAUCUUCCAGCCCAGAGUACCCUUUGCUUUCUUGAUCCAUUUCUGCCAGUCUCUCUUGUAGAUGCAAAAUCUUUUUUCCCCCCACUGAGCAACAGCAGGUACAGAACUCUCAAGGGAAAGCACCUGCUCUGGCAGGGGGAGAGAAUGCUUUCCUGAGCCAGUGCCAUUGUUCCUGUAUUAGACAGCAUGCAAAAAUCAGCUGUGUGAUGCCUUACUGCACUGAAUCUCAGUCCUGUCUCUCAAAGGGCAUCUGCCUCAUUUUUGAUAGUAGUAGCUAAGACUUCUAGUGAGUGGAUAUACUUUGCAGUGUCCCAACAGCUGGGGGAGGUAACUUUUAUGCAUUCUUACCCUCUCCUGUGCAUUUCACUCAGAGAGGAAAUGAUUCUUUAGUUUAAGUAGGUUGAAGGGAAACAGGUCCUGACUUUGCCCCAUCAGUGUAACCUCUUUCACCUCACAUCCAUCCCUGCUGGGAAGGGACAUUUCACCCUCUGCUAGUGGACUAAAUUGAUGUUUUGUUUUUUUGUUGUUGUUACUGACCUGGAUUCUGUGAGACACUCGCCUUGUGACCUUAACUAGCAGCUCAGCAGGCUAACUGCCCUGGUUUCCUGCAUCAAUGGCUCCAUUCAGUGUACCUGCUUACAUCUCCGCUUCGAAGAGCAGCCCAGCUCAGCAUCUCCAGCAGGCAGCCAGCUCCUGGGCUUCCCUCCCCAAGGAAUGCUGCUAAGCCCAUUGACCUGGACAGUGCAACUUAACAGUCUUGCCUUUACCCUGGAAAACAGGAUUCUCAGCAGCUGGUGCUAUAGAAACACCUCCAAGAAUGUUCAGCCAUUUACAUCAGUGUAAGGGAGAAUGGCCUCUGCAGUGAGAGCACUAGCACUGGACAGAUUUCUUAAAUUCAUUUUAAAUAAUUUAAUUGUUACCCUGUGGCCUCUUCCCCCCCCAAGCAGGUUUUGUAGGAGAGAUUGUGCAGAAACUAGACCUUUCAGCUUCCUCCUGACAUUCAAUACAUAAAGGAUAUGAGUGACUAGCACACGGCAGUUAUUAGGGGCAACUGUUUAGAAUACACGCACGCCCCUUUGCUGCAGCAAUAUUCUCUUCCAAAUAGUCUAGCUGCUGUGGACAAUUCAAGUAUUUAUAAGUUAAUAGAAAGAAAAAGGUCUUGUAACUACCCCUUAACUAGCUUUCUUAUAGCCAAUCCCCUCAUUCUGCCCAGCUAAGGAGCCUGAUCACUUCGGAUGAGGGAUUGUUUAAUAUUCCAGACAUUAACUGAUACAUGAAAUUCCUCUCUCCUGGAGAGACUGCCUGCAGCCCCAUAGGAAGUUCAGACAUCACAAAAUGGAUGUUCCCCUUUAGGAAAGGUAAACAUCACUAGCCUUUGCAGCAGGGAUCUUGCAAGUAUAGUACAUCAUCAGCAUUAAGGAGAGGCCUUGUUUUUAAAUACACUGCUCUCUUCCCGCCAGCAUGCUAGCCAAGCCAAUGUGUCCUUUGCAAGAGGGCUAGCUGCGUCUCACAUGCACUGCUGUACUACAUAUCUUCCAGAACUGAUGCAGUGACUUCUAACGGUUGGAAUGCUCUCUUGAAGGCUGGAUGGAAUCUACCAAUUGGCUUUGCAAAGUGUUCUAAAUUCACUUUUUUUUGCUUUGUGGAAAGAGAAAUAGGUAUAAAUUCUCAUUUUAUGCUGUAUUUUGUAUCUUAGUUGUGUUUGAAAAUGUUUUGAUUUUUGAAAACCAUCAAAAUAAAACUAAGGCAUCUUU